GGCCGGUCUCUUGACUGUGAGAAGAAAGGGGAUCUGUGCGCUUCUCACGCCUCGAGGUGUAGAGAAUAUCCAGGUGUGGCUACAAUUCCACAUCUGGUGGGCUGCCAUGUAUCAUGGGCAAACUACUGGCAAAGGGCCCUCUCAUUGCAUGCAGAUUUACCAGCAACCUCCAAGGCUUCUCAUCGUGCACAUCACUCUCCCAUCCUGGGCUGACAUCUGUUCCAACCUCUGUGAGGCUCUGCAGAACUUCUUCUCACUGGCCUGCAACUUGGUAGGCCCCAGCCGCAUGUCCCUCUUCAGCUUAUACAUGGUACAAAAUCAGCAUGAGUGCAUCCUCCCCUUUGUGUUGAUGAAAGGGAACUUUGCGAGGCUGCAGGCCUGCAUCUCAGAACUCCGCUUAUUGCAAAGAGAAGGUUGUUUCAGACCACAAGGCAUUUCUCUGCAGCUGGCAGUAGAGGAUGGGCUCCAGCAGCUCAAACAGUACAGCAGACACGUGACCACGGGUGCAGCUCUGACCUACACUUCCCUGGAGAUUACUGUUCUGACUUCACAGCCUGGAAAAGAGGUGGUCAAACAAUUGGAGGAAGGACUGAAAGAUACAGACCUAGUCAGGGUCAGGAGGCUUCAGGUGGUUGAGAUCACAAAGGGAGUCCUUGGCUGUAUGGACUCAGCAUCCCCUGUUGAAGAGCCCAGCAGCGAUGGUAAGAAUUAAAGGAAAAGGUAAAAAGAAUGGCAGAGGUUUUAAUGAGCAGUCUUUUACAGGUUAGGAAGAUUAUUUUCCAUGGC